GACAUUAAAAACUUCUACCACUAAGGCCCGACACCGCGAAUACUCAACGGGUUCUUUCCUGUGUUCGACUUCUCCUCUCGCUAAACCCCACCGGCGGCUUCUGUUCUCCGACACCGACACCGACACCGACACCACCACCACCCAGCCUCUCUGAUUCUCUGAAUUUGUUUGUUGGGGGAUGGAGAUUGACCCUAAAGAAGCAUCAGAGGAUGGUGUAACAUCAAUGCAAAUCGGUUCCCAAUCAGAGGGCAAACAUGAAGAAGUCGACAUUGCUCAAUCAAUGGAGAAAUUGAAUGUUGCAGACCCAUCCCCUUCGUUUAAGCGAAAGCCAGUUGUCAUUAUUGUUGUUGGGAUGGCAGGGAGCGGAAAGACGACGUUCAUGCAUCGGCUUGUGUGCCACACAAUGGGAUCGAAUGUUCGAGGUUAUGUGAUAAAUCUUGACCCUGCAGUGAUGUCUCUUCCUUAUGGUGCGAAUAUUGAUAUAAGAGACACAGUUCGGUACAAGGAAGUGAUGAAAGAGUUCAAUCUUGGACCGAAUGGAGGAAUUCUGACCUCACUCAACCUAUUCUCAACCAAGUUUGAUGAGGUUAUUUCAGUGAUUGAGAAACGAGCAGAUCAGUUGGACUAUGUUUUGGUUGACACUCCUGGUCAGAUUGAGAUUUUUACCUGGUCUGCCUCGGGGGCAAUCAUAACGGAAGCUUUUGCAUCAACCUUCCCUACUGUGAUCACAUAUGUUGUCGACACACCACGGUCAACAAGUCCGGCUACCUUUAUGAGUAACAUGCUGUAUGCCUGUAGCAUUCUUUACAAGACACGACUACCACUAGUGUUGGCAUUCAACAAGACAGAUGUAGCACAACAUCAGUUUGCUUUGGAGUGGAUGGAAGAUUUUGAGGUAUUCCAUGCAGCACUUGAUUCAGAUCACUCUUACACAUCAACACUGACUCGCAGUCUUUCCCUUGCUCUGGAGGAGUUCUAUAAGAAUCUUCGGUCUGUUGGAGUAUCUGCAGUUUCUGGUGCGGGGAUGGAUGCCUUUUUUAAGGCUAUUGAAGCUAGUGCUGAGGAAUAUUUGGAGAAUUACAAGCCUGAUCUUGAUAGGAGACGAGCUGAGAAGCAGCAGUUGGAGGAACAACGCCGUCGUGAGCAUAUGGAUAGGCUGAGGAAAGAUAUGGAGAAGUCAAGGGGGGAAACUGUGGUCUUGAACACUGGCUUGAAAGACACAGAUGUGAAUGCCAACACCAUGAUGCAUGAAGAUGAUGCAGAGGAAGAUGAUGAUGUGAACUUUGAGAGGUUUAGCGAUUAUGAGGACGGCAUAGAUAAGGAUGAAGAUGAAGAGAUCGCUAGUUUCUCAUUUUGAUUUUAUGGAAAAGCUUGGGUUGAGAUUCUAACUUGUACAAAACUACUCAAAAUAUGCCCAGUUGUGAAGGCAGGGUUUUACUUUGAGACGGGCAACUCCAUCUGAACUUAUGAUUGCAUUUUUGUUGCUAUUGUUGGUUCUGCUGCAAGUAAAUCUAUCAUGGGUUGCCGGUUAUGUGCUUAUGAAUUUGUCUUUGAAUGGUUU